GUGCAACGAUGCGUUUAAUUUAGAUCUCAAACCCUGAAUAUUGGUUAAGUGGCAACUGGUGGUGUGACCUAUAUAUACCAUCUUGUUCAACUACAGAAUUAGGGUUUGGUUUCAACCGCAGAACAAAAUCACAGUUUCUGGCAAAACCCUUUUCGAAGGUGACCAAUCGGUGGAUCAAACAUGGACAAGAGCAUGUUAGCGGAUUUGGAUUCGCUUCCUGAGGCUGAUAAGCAAAGAAUGACUGUCAUGAUCGAUCAGCUCCAAAUUCGUGACAGUCUGAGAAUGUAUAAUUCACUGGUUGAGAGAUGCUUCAGUGAUUGUGUUGACACAUUUAAGCAUAAAUCCCUGCAAAAGCAAGAGGAAACCUGUGUUCGAAGAUGUGCAGAGAAAUUUCUGAAGCAUUCUAUGCGGGUUGGCAUGAGGUUUGCCGAGCUCAACCAAGGAGCUGCAACACAAGAUUGAUUUCUGUUAACUUCUUCCAAAAGAAAACUGUCAAUUUAUUGUUGUUAUUAUUUUGAAUACAGUUCGUUUACUUACAUUUUUGGCCUUGAAAAAUGAGACACUGUAGAGAAUACUAAUUUGCUAUGGGUACGCAAUAAUUCGCGCUAAAUAAAUUCAUGAUGAUGCAAUCACACUGAA